AUGUCACUGCCUCAUGACCCUACGCAGCAGCUGCUGCAGCAGGAGGAGCAGCAGAAGCAGGCGGAACAGCAGCAGCAGGAGAUUUGCUGCUCUCGGUUUGAACCGGUGACUGUUCUUGGGAGAGAGGGCGUUAUUGUGUUGACUGCCAAGCGCCUGCUCUUCGCUUCGAACAGCAGGAGCAAAAGCAGCAACGGCAACAGCAACAACAGUGGCAUCAGCAGCAACGAAGUUGGUAAUACCAGCAAUUGCUGGGAAGUACUGCUGCAAUUCGCCCUCGCCUCGUGGACUUCAACCGAACGCUCAAAAAAGGCUGCAAAGGCGCGCAUGACCUACGUAGCUCCUGCAGCAGCUGCAACAGCAGCAGCAGCAGAUGGUGGUUUGUCUACGCAAUCUGUAGUUGUUGACUUCAUGGGCCUGAGAGACAAAAUGGAUUUGUGCUGCCGUUCCCUUCAGACACUCGCCUCUGCUGCACGUACACUCCAGGGCAGCAGCAGCCUCGUGUGCCCGCUGGAUGUGCCGCUGCUGCUGCAGCUGCUUCAGCUGCCUUCCGGCACUCCCCUGCGCGUUGCGCCUGCUCUGCAACAGCAGCAAGACCUGCUAAAGAAGCAGCUGAAGCAGCAGCAACAAGAGCAGCAGCAGGACCAGAGGGAGCAACAAGCGAAGGGGGGCUCAACAGCAAGCGGGACAGAUGUCACACCAGCGGCAGGAGCUCCUGCCAAACAGCAGCAUCAGCAGCACAAGCAACCGCAGCAAAAUCCUGCAGGAGCCCCACAGCGCGCUGCUGGCCAGAAGGCAGCAGCAGCAACAACAGCAGCAGGAGCAGCAGCAGCUGGUGCAACAGGAGCAUGCGAAAGCGGCUUAAGCUCAGUUGCAGCUGCAGGAGCAGCUGCUGCUCCCGAGGUGCCCAGCCUGGAGAAGCUGCUGCAGCAGCAACGAUACCAAGAAGCUGAGCAGCUGCAGCAGUUUCAGCAGCGGCUGCUGCAGCAAGACCCCGAGCUGCUGGCUCUAUACCAAACCCUCGUGGGUGCCCCAGAAGGCGUACCAGGCAGCAGCAACGGCAGCAGCAGCAACAACAACAAAGGCCUAUCUCCUGCCGAGUUCUGGAAGCUGCAUCAGCAACAGCUGCAGGCGCUAAAGCCGCAACUAGCUCCGGAAGGUGUCAGCGCUUGUUUUCUUUUGAGGCCGCCACAGUUCCACGAGUUGCAGGGGCAGCAGGGAGGCGCCGGGGGGGGAGGGGAGGCGGAGUUAGUGGUUGACUGCAGCGAGCAGAUGCUGCAGCAGAUCUUAAAUGAGAACUCUGCCGUCCAACGCGCGUACACUUCGCUCGUCGACACAGGCACGCUAAUGCGUUGUUGCGGUUGGAGCAGCAACAGCACCAGCAACAGGAGCAGCAGCUCCUUCAGUAGCUUGGGGGUUGGUGAGCGUCACCCGCCGGUGAGCUCGCGAGAGGCGCUCUGUCUGCCCGGCAUCGAGCGCACCCUCUUGUCGGACGCCGACCUGCGGGUGCGCGGCUUCGGCUUGCCCGAUGGACUAUCUUCACUUGCAGGAGACUUGGCGGAGAAACCCCCACCUGCUGCUGUUGUUGCUGCUGCGGCGGCGGCGUCAGCUGGUCCGGAGGCCGAAGCAGAAGCCGCGGCUGCAGCCAGCAGCAGCAGCAGCCUCGUUGGACGUUUUAACAAACACUCCCAACGUCUGCUGCUGCAGCAGCUGCUGCAGCCUGCUGCUGCAGCAGCAGCCAUCAAUGAUGAGGCAGGGCACGAACAAAAGUUGCAUUUGCUGCUACAGCAGGAGGAGCAUCAAAGGAAGCGACGGAGUGUACGGCCAGAGCCUGCUGGUGCAGUCCUACAAGCAAAUCUCAAAGACGCUGCAACUAUUGGCUGCGGCGUUUUGGAGGAGGAGGCGCCGGUGCUGGAGUCUUUGCGCCUCGAGGAGCUCGAGCUGCCGCUGUCAAUGCACAUGUUGCUGUCACUGCUUCCGCUGCUGCAGGAAGCCGCCCCUGCUAAGUACCAAACUCUCGAGGUGAGCCGGCGACAGCUGUAUGCGGCGGGCGCCCGCGUUGGCUGCAAAAGUGUGUCUUCUAACUCGGGGGCAGUCGCUGCUUCCUGUGAAGCCUCAGCGGCAGCAGAGGUCAAAGAUUUCCCUGCGCCCGAAGCAGCAACAGCAGUUGCAGCGGCGGCAGCAGGAGCAGCGGAGGAAGCAGAGCGAGUGCAGGAAGCAGUAGAGGCGGAGGCGGCAGACUCUUGGCUGUUGAUGGAGAGGCAGCGAACAGCAGAACGAAGUAAAGGGUCUCCUCAGACGGCAGAAGAUGCCGCUGCCGUGUUCAACACCGGGCGCUUCAUGUUCGUCUUCAACACAAAGUUGUGCCAGAAAGACAAGGCAGCGCAGUUCUCUACUC